AUGAAGCACAUCGAACGACAGCCCUCGAUCGAUGUGCAUGCAGCCUACGGAAAGGUCCAAGGGGAGGGGGAAGAGCUGCAAGCGCCGUUCAUGAUGGAGGGCGAGGCGGACGGUGCUUUGCAGCGGUUGCCGCCUCCGCAGCUCAGCGUGGGCAACGCAGCCGAUGCUGAAAUCCGGCAGCCAAUACAGCAGUCACACAGCAGGGUAGCGAGUGCCGAGGACUCACAUGCGUCCACACCUGCUUCUGCGCAUCUACAGCAAACCAGUGCGCAGACCGAGAGGUCCGUUUCGAUGCUCGGCGAAGAUCACGUGACCAAUUUCGUCGAAAUCCCAACGGACAACCGGCACUUCACGAGCCUUCUCGCUACCCAAAGCGAGAGCGACUCUCCGAAUGUGGUGCAUGCGGAGGCCAACCUCGAGGUGGAAGAGGACGAGGGCGAUGGACGGGUGGAUUCCGGCGCAUUUGGGACACAGAAACUGCGUAAGUAUGUGGUGUCGUCGCCGGCGCUGCAUCACUGUUCCAUGACGGCGAUCUUUUUAUCCGCCCUCAGUACACACCUGCUAGAGCCCACCAUCGAGGAGGAUGGGAAGGCGCCGGAUGUCGACGGCGUCAGGGACGACCACAGCCGUGCAAGGGAUGAAGAUGCAUCAUAUGAGCACGGAGGUGACAGGGAUGUGGUGGAGGAGGGAGCUCCGCGGAAGCGUGUCGAGGGGGGGGGAGGCAGCGCGAAGACGCCACGGAUGUUCUGCUCUUGGACGGUGUGCACCCACCCCAAUGCCGAGGUGGGCCACGCCGGAGACGGGGUGAGUGAGGAGCUGUUGUGUUCUGUUGUGCACACAGCGCGUUUUACCGACACCGACUGUGGCGGCACCGACAGUGGGCGCGACGAUGAAGCCAGCGCCUCAUCUGAAGGCAGGUUGCACCGCAGCCUUGCGUCGCCAUGCACGGAGUGCGAGAGCAGCGCGCAGACCAGCUCGAGUACCACAGGCAAGGGGCAGCUGAAAUACGACAGGAGCCUCGACAGCGACGUUCUCAAGCCUGUGGCGCGUGGACUGCGGCAGCACAGUGCCAGGAGGAAAACAGUGCGGCUGCGAGGCUGUACAAGGAAAGGGCGGAGGAGGAGCACCAGCAGCCGGGACCCCGCAUUCCUGAGUUUGUGCGGAGUGUCUUGGAUCACCAGCUGCAGCAGCGGAACGUCAAUGCCAAGACAGCCGGGGAGCCCCCCGGCACCACGGGGACCCCUUGCGGAGGUGCCGCGGCGGCGAGCGCUACGCGGACUGCUCCCGGGAAGCCAGUAG